CUGCAGCUUGAUAUAGAAUCUGAACGUAAAGGAGGUGAGAAUGAAAGGCAGGGAGACGUUGAGUUAGCUGAUGUUUCAGAUGGCCCUAGAGAUGCAGAUGUAGAAGAUGAAGUGUCAUCAAAUGAAAUAAAUCCUCUCCCAGAACAGGUGAUGGCAGUACAUAGUAAUCCAAAUGGUCAGAGUGAGCAAAAUCAAGUGACAGCAGAGUCUGUAGACCAUCCACACACGGAAACAGAUGUCAGUGUCAAAACUGAAGUUGCCCUCAAGGAGGAAUCAAUAUCUAAACCAACCACACAGGACCAACUAAAUCAAGAGGUGCCAGAUACAUUUACCAACUCAUGUGAUGGAGUGAACUCCAUAGAUAGCAAGUCUGGAGUAGAUGAAAGUGAAAGAAAGGAUGUUGAAUCAGGGUCCACUGAGCCUUUCGCUGGGACAGGUUGUUCUGGUGAGGCACAGCAGAGCUCUGGCGCUCAAGAGGAGAUGGUCAAGACAUUUGCCAGCUGCACCUCUGAAGUGUUGACAGCACAUUGUGAUGCUGGUACUGAGGGAGAUAAAGGACAGAUUGCUAAACAUGUGAUGGUUCCAGAGGGUCAGCUAGAUGUGGACAUGCUGACUAAAACAACAGCAGAGGAGACAUGUCACCCAGUACUUGCAGUGGCUGUACAAAACCAGGGUAACAAAGAAGAUAAUGACCACACUACAGAGAUACAUACUGAAAUGCAUAAAGAUGAAAUGAUGGGAAAUUCCAAAAGUAUGGAAAAUGAAGACAACAAGGUGAUCUCUGAAUGUGCCUCUGUAUCGCAGAGUCAAAUGGAAAUGGAAAUCAAUACGACAGAAACAUUAGAGGAAAUGUCUGAUCCAGAACCUAAACAGGAAAUACAAAGUCAGACGAGCCAUGAAGUCAGUGAACACACUAUGGCCUUAUCUAAUGACAUUGAGAAAGGUCUUCUGACAACACCAGAGGAAAUUUCUAAUCCAGCACUGAGAGUGGAAAUACAAAACCAGGGGAGUCAGGAAGUCAGUGAAUCCACCACAGAUGUAUCAGUUGGCGUUCAAAAGGAUCUAAUGAUUGCAAAUUCUGAAUGUAGGGAAAAUGAAGACAUGGUAAACUCUGAACUUGACACUGUUCCUGAGAAUCAAAUACAGACAGACAUGCAGACUACAGCAACAUUAGAGGAGAUUUCUAAUCCAGCACCUAGACAGGAAAUAGAAAGCCAGGGGAGCCAGGAAGUUAACGAACACACUAAGGCCUUAUCUAAUGAAGCUCAGACAGGUCUUUUGAUGGCAAAUUAUGGAAGUAAGGAAAAUGAAAACUUGGUUGUUGUGGCAGAGGUGAACAGUGCCCCAGCUGUCCAAAGGAAUAUGGAUGUAAUAACUGGAUCAAUAGAGGAGACUGCAGAUUCUGUCCCAGAAGAGGAAAUAGGGAGCCAGGUGAUUCAUGAGGUCAAAGAAAAGGUCACAUUCAUGUCUCGUGAAAAGGUUAACAAAACAGUCAGUAAUACUGAAGGUCAAGGAGAACAAAAUGGAAGAGAUGAAUUAAUAGUUUUUGUUUGUGGCCACCAAGAAGACACUGAUCUUGUAAUUCAAGCUUCAGAGGAGAUUAAGACAAUUAAUCAGUCAGAAGGUGAGCUUCAUGAAACGCAGGUGGUGUACGAGGCCAUUAGCAGUCCGGAGAGUAAUCCAGAUAUGGAAGUUUGUGGAGUGACAGAGGACAAGCCUGGUGUUGCUCCUUUACUGGACAUUCAGAGUAAAGAGACUGAGGAGAUUAAAGAAGAUUUACAGACCCUCUCUGCUAAUGAAGAAAAUGUACUAAUUAGUAACCCACAACAAGAGGGUGAGGAACACAGUGAUAAGAAGCUCAUUUGUCUCUCAAACAGCCAAGCUGCUAUUGAAAUGGAAAUGCAGACCAUCAGUGUGGCAGAGAGUUCUGCCUCUGCACAGUUGGAGCCGAUUAAUGGGACCGUGGAUGUGAAACAAGUUGCAGUGAUCAGCUCAAGUGACGAUAUCAGCCUGCCAGAUGGCAAGUCAGGCGAUUUGGGAGAAAAAAAUGACAGAAAUGGAUUUCCAGAAUCCAUCAAUGCCACUGAGUUUUCUGAACAGGUGCAGGAGGACAUGGGCCUUCAGGAGGUUGUAGAUGUCACAGUGACAACGACAGCCACAGCUGAAGUUGAGAUGCCAGAUAGCACGUCUGAAAAUUUUGUGAUCUUGGAACCAAUCAGUGCCCCAGAGAGCGAAAUUCACAUUGAUAUUGUGACUCAAGCAGCAGCUGAAUCAGGAUUGUCAGCUUCAUUUUCAGAAUCAGUGAAUCCAGACAGUACUUUGGCAGGUGAGCAUGAGGAAAGCAAAAUAAUAUUAGACUUAAACAACUCCCAACAGAGCUUGUCUGCUGAGGUAGAAGUGCAGCAAUGCCCAGAAUCUGAUGAGAUGAAAGACGUUUCAGUGACCAAUUCAUCUGAAGAAUUACAUGAAAAUUUGCAGACUAAGCUUGAGGCAGAGAAUGCAACUAUGCUGCCUUUAGGGGAAAAUGUUCAACUCAAUCAAAAUUCUGAUCAUUGUAAGCAGCCACCGUCUGACAUAAACAUUUCUGAUACCACAGAGAUUGAGAUGGCAAACUGUCAUGCCCAUGAACCUUUUGAGAGUCCAAAGGAAGGUUGUGAUGCUGUGGUGAGAGAGAAUGUUGAGGGUAACUUGGAGCUACAAGAACUGCAGAUUUUUGAGGACAUAGAAAUUGGACAUGAGAUUGUCGUGAUGGAGGGUGAGAAUGAGGAGGAAGAUAGUGACAUCACGAUAAUAGAAAACUCCCAGGAAACACCAGAAGCAGUCUCUGGUAAAGCAAGGGGCAAUGAAGGAAAAAAUGCAGGUGAUGCUCAGAGGUGUGAGACCAACCAACAAAACAGCACAGCUAGCGUGAAAACUGAAGAUGCUACAAAUUGCCAAGAGGCUGUAGAAAAACCCAAGAAACAAGAAAUGAAUACACAGGCCAGAACCAAAGCCCGUCUUGCAGCUUUAGCCGAGCAAAAGGCUGCAGCCUCUAAAAGAACAGCAAAUAGGCAGCAGUUGAACCUCUUAGCCCUAUGUGAGGAAAUCGCUGAGGACAUUGCCACAGACAGCAUGCUGUUGAAGAGAAUAGAGGAGGAAAAACAAGCAGCAGUAAUAAAGGCUGAAGCCAGUAAGAAAGAAAGCCCACCUGUGAACACACAGGAUGCAGACACGGUUAAUGCUGCAACUGCUGCUGGACCAGAGGAGUGCUCUCCAUCAGUGCCACCUGCUGAUGAGGCCUCUGCUGCCAAACCCGAAACAGCUGAUUUAACUGAAACAAAGCCUUCUACAGAGCCUUCUACAGAGUCUUCUACAGAGCCUCCAAAGAGACGCUUCUUCAUCACCCAGGUUACUGUGCCACUCAAAGCCCACGAGAAAAAAAAGCUGACUCGAUAUCAAAGAUUAAGGCAGGUUGAACUUCAGAGAGAGAAAAUGUCUUGGACACGUGUGAAGAAGCUCAAGUCUGACCAAGCAAAUCAGAUGAUGUUUUCAGAUAUAGAUUUUAAGUCAUCCCUGUCUGUGACCUCUUCAUUCUCAAUAACUCCUGCGACCACACCUCCUCCACCUGCCGCCAGUCCAUCUAAAAGCCCUCUUCCAAGUCCUUCCUCCGUUAGUAAACCUACCACACCUAAAAUAGAGCCUUCAAAGACAGAGCCUCCCAAGCCUGAGCCACCCAAGGCUGAACCCAUCCAGAACGAACCUCCCAAAACUGAAACCCCGAAGGCCCAGACUCCUAAAGCUCCUAAAGCAACCCCUACUCCGGGGCCAACUGUUAAAGUGACCAGAUCAGCAGUGAAAAGGACCCUUCCAGCUGUACCCCCUCCCAUGCCUAAUGGACUAAAUGCGCAGAAGUCGAAGCCUGAUGUGGAGUACAAGCCAUACAGACCAAGACCCAAAUAUUCCCCUGAUGACUUUGAAUUAGAUGAUGACCUGCCACCAGUAGUUCAAACAAAGCCCACACUUCAGUCAAGGCCCAUACCGCAGACAGGACCAAACCCUCAGUCAAAACCCACAACUCAGUCUAAACCCACACUGCAGUCGAAACCAGCAGUUUCAUCACAGCUCCACAACCAGACAAAACCCAAAGCUCAAACAACAUCUGCCGGACAAAUCUCAGGUCAGUCAAAACCCGCUGGUUUAACCACAAGACAGUCAAAGCCUGUUGUUUCCACUACUCUUCAGUCAAAGCCUGCCAUUGCAACAACUCCCCUGUCAAAGGCUACUACUACUACAACCCCAGCUCCAUCAAAGCCUGUUGUCUCAGCCAAAGCUCAAUUAAAGCCUCCUGUUUUGUCCACACCUCAGUCAAAAGCUGUUGUCUCAGAUCCAGGUCAGUCAAAGACCACCGGUUCCGGUACGUCCCAAUUAAAGCCCACCAGUGCAGCUACAGCUCAGCUGAAGCCUUGUACUCCAACAACAGCUCAGCCUUCUGUUUCAUCCACAUCUGAGGCACAGUCUGCUGCUCCUAAGGCAAGUGUUCCUUUGAUGCCUCUGAAAAUCCCAAAUCCUCCUUCACCGAAAAGUGUCAAAUGCGAGAACUCUGCUGAUCCAGUUGCAUCAUCUCUUACAUCUUCCCUUCCCUCUGAAGAGUUGAAAGGUUCUCAAAAAACACUGCAGUGUGAAGAAAAGUCUGCAGUCGCUGAUAUAAAGCCAUCUCCAGAGAAUCAGGCAGAAACCGUCAAAACAGCUGAGAAGACGACAGAAAAGCUUUCUGAUGGAGCAGUAAAGCCACAAGGCAAUGAGACUCCUCUCUCAGAUGCUUGUCUACAAAAGGAAGUCAAGAAACUAAAGGAGGCUGACAAAGAUGGCAACCAAACUAUCAUUGACGCGGGGCAGAAACACUUUGGAGCUGUGACCUGCACUGUGUGUGGGAUGCUCUACUCUGCUGCCAACCCUGAGGAUGAAUCUCAGCAUUUACUCUUCCACAACCAGUUCACCAGCGCUGUCAAAUAUGUGGGAUGGAAAAAGGAGAGGAUCCUGGGGGAAUAUCCUGAUGGAAAGAUCAUUCUUGUCCUGCCAGAUGAUCCCAAAUACGCUCUCAAAAAGGUUGAGGAGAUCAGGGAGAUGGUGGACAAUGACCUCGGCUUCCAGCAGGUGGAGACCAAGUGUCCCUCUCAGACCAAAACCUUCCUGUUUAUCUCCAACGACAAGAAAGUGGCUGGAUGCCUCAUAGCAGAGCACAUUCAAGAGGGGUACAGGGUGAUUGAAGAGCCCCUUCCAGAGGGUUCGGAGGGAGAGAAGGUAAUGUUUGAGCGGCAGAGAGCCUGGUGCUGCUCCACCACCCCUGAACCUGCCCUGUGUGGCAUCAGCCGCAUCUGGGUCUUCAGCAUGAUGAGACGCCAGGGCAUCGCCUCGCGCAUGAUCGAGUGCCUCAGGAACAACUUCAUUUAUGGUUCAUGCCUGAGCAAAGAUGAGAUCGCUUUCUCCGACCCGACUCCCGAUGGGAAACUCUUUGCCACACAUUAUUUCGGCACCUCUCAGUUUUUGGUUUAUAACUUUGUUAGUGGAACGCGCUCAUCCCAGCCCAAGACCGAUGCAGUUUGACAGCCUUGAGGAAAGGUAACGACGAAUUGGACACGUAUAGGAUUUAACUGCGGCACUCACUAACCAAUGGGACCCGCCCUCACUAUUCAGUAUCCGAAUCGCACCACUGACGCCAUGUCUUUAGUUACACAGCGAAUCAAAACUGACUAUAAAUUACUCCUCGGAGGGGAUACACAUUAGUUUUUAAUCUCAGGAUGAAAACAACAAGGUGUUGUUGAAAAAUGUUAUGAAUCCACCCUUUAAUCCCUCCCGGCAUAGUAUUUUGAAACAAAGAAUAUUUUCUUUAUACAUUUUUUAAGUAAACAAACUGCUUUUAUUGGAAGUAUUAGAGUUUACAUGCAUGACUUCACAGCAAUAGAAUACAAAGAGCAUUUCACCACUCAAUAUACUUUUUCUUUUUCUUUUUCUUUUUUUUUUUAAAUUGAGCCCCUGAGAAGCAAAAUGGUAAACAAGAUUGAUGGACUGUAUUGAAUAAAAUGUUUUUUGUUUUUUUGUUUUUAGAAUUUUGUCAUUCUGUUGUAAUAAUGCCUUUCACUCCAACAUACAAAAGUAUACAAUGUGUACAUCGUGUGUACAAUGAGAGCUCUCUCAUGCUCAUCUCCUCACAGUCAGUAGCGAUUUAUUGUCAUCAUGUUCAAGCGACACUGGUAAUGUUUUAUCAGUUUAUAUCAAGUGGUCUGACAUUUUUUCCAAAUUACAACUUCUCAAUUUCACGAUCAUGUUUUCUCGUAAUGUCUCAAACUAAUCGUCUAGAUCAGAUGAUUUGAUUGGAGGGACUCAUUUCAGCAAGGGUUACAAUCUGAGGAAAUGGGGAUUAGAACUGUAGCUUGGGCAUUAAUUGUGUGCUCUAAUUUUCUUGGAACAAUUUGCCUCAAACGUUUUGGGUUUUCAAGCUGAGCCAUAUACUGUACACCAUUUGGCAGGACAUUGUAGCCGAUAUACUGUAUGAUUGAUUGUCUGUUUUCAUUUUAACAAGUCUAUUACUUUGUUUUGUACCUGACUGAAUGAUGUGUGGCUUGAGAUGUUGAUUUUUUUUUUAUUAAUCUUUAUUUUUCAGCUGUUUUUCUCAGUUAUGUGCUGCUUAGCAGAUGAUACUUUGAGUUGUUUUAGUUAGUAUAGAGUAUCAUCCUCCUAUUCCUUAUUAACAAUGAAUUAAAAUGUAUAUCGAUUUAUCAAGUAGAUUUAUGCAUACUAUAACAUAAAUUUUAUGAGUAUAAUGGGCAAGGUCUUAAAGCUCAGGUGUUUAAUGGUAUUUGAGUGAUGGUCAAUGUCAUCCAUACGUCAACCUUUAUGAUUGCAAACGGGAAUAUUUGCUCAGUGAUCAACAGAAGGGGCUGAGAUGAACCUCUGUCUCUCUCACACCGCACCUAUCUACAGUAUCAUUGUAAUUCAUCCAUUCUUGUUUUCUUCUUCCCUCUUGUUAAAGCAGUUGCUUUUAGAAAGAUGUGUCAUGUGUAAGAAAAAAAAAUUGAUUUAUACGAAGCUGUUAUGUAAAUAUUUAUUUAAAUAAUAAACGUUUUAAAAUAU